UCAAGUUCGAUACCGUUUUCAGGCAUUUGUUUCGGACAUGCCCGUGGGGCCUGAAGGGGCUUUGUCAGGCAACCGAAGCCUUUGACAGUACAGCCCCAAGAUUCGAAGAUGCCGCCCAAGGGAAAAAGCCGCUCCGGGAAAGGGGGGAAAGGGGGAGCAGCCUCUGGGAGUGACAGUUCUGACAAGAAGGCUCAGGGUCCCAAAGGUGGUGGCAAUGCAGUAAAGCACCCAACACAAGAGACUGCUCCGCUGCACGUGGCUUCAAAGAGGAUUCUUGCUCUUUCUGGAAAAAAAAAUGAGUUCAGUGUGGCUGUGCAUGAGGUCAGACACAUUCUGUGUGAAAAACAUGGGAAAAUCAUGGAAGCCAUGGAAAAGUUGAAGUCUGGAAUGAGAUUCAAUGAAGUGGCCAUACAGUAUAGUGAAGAUAAAGCCAGGCAAGGGGGUGACUUGGGUUGGAUGACCAGAGGUACCAUGGUGGGACCAUUUCAAGAAGCAGCAUUUGCCUUGCCCAUAAGUGGGCUGGAUAAGCCUGUGUUUACAGACCCUCCAGUUAAGACAAAAUUUGGAUAUCAUAUUAUUAUGGUUGAAGGGAGAAAAUAAAAUUGUAUGGAAGACUGACA